CAAUGUAUCCAGUCAUUCAUGAACCAGCGCAAUCUAGACAUUAGACGUUCAUUUUAAAAUUUAAAUAAAUACAAGCGAAUUGUUAAAUAUUGUUAAGAAAAAUGUUCCAUAAUGCAAUAGUUAAAAAUUAUUUAUCGUCAGAAUCAAGCGAAGAUAUAACAGGGGAAUGGUUCCUCAUGUCUUCACCGAAACCUGUUCUGUUUACUUUAAUAAUAUACUUAUUAUUUGUUCUAAAAAUUGGACCUGAAUUUAUGAGGAACAGAUCUCCAUAUAACUUGAAAAUCAUCCUCGUUGUUUACAAUAUACUUCAAGUUUUGAUAUCAACAAUUGUGUUUUACAUCUCAACGGAUCAUAUACUGAAAAAUGGUUUGAUAAUUCGACAACAACAAUGCGUAACAGAAAAUAAAGAAUUUAAGAUAAAGACGGCGUCAAUAGUUUAUUAUUAUUUCUUGGCGAAAGUAAGUGAAUUAUUUGAUACGAUAUUCUUUGUACUCCGGAAGAGAGAUCGUCAAGUAUCGUUCCUGGAUGUAUACCAUCAUACUUUCACCGUGGGCUUCAGUUGGUGCACCGCGAGGUUCGAUCCGGCGUACAUAUUUAUCGUCAUUGGUGUUGUCAAUUCCUUUAUACACAUCAUAAUGUACGCUUACUACGGACUGGCCGCUUUUCCAAAUCUAACGAAGUAUUUGUGGUGGAAAAAAUAUAUUACGAAGAUGCAAUUGGUCCAAUUUUUCUUGAUGAUGUUUCAUUUGAUAUCAAAUCACAGCUUAUCAUCAUGCAGGUCGUCUAACAUCUGGGUCUUCCUCCUCAUAGCAAAUAAUAUGCUGUUUGUCUAUUUAUUUUCAAAUUUUUAUGUCAAAGAAUAUCAUAAUCGUCGACAAGCAGAAGAAACUGCUCAUAAAUAUAUUUCUGGUGUAAUCAAUAGCAAUAAUAUAAAUAAUUACAAAAAUGACAAAAUAAAUUUUGUGCACUUUUUAGUUGAAAACAUUGAGGAAUGGUCCGUAAUGUCGUCUCCAGUAACAAUAAUUAUUAUCGUGGUAGCAUAUCUAGGAUUUGUUUUAAAACUUGGACCAAAAUUAAUGAAGAAAAGGUCAGCUUUCGAAUUAAGAAUGAUGCUUGUUGUUUAUAACUUGCUUCAAGUGGGUGUUUCCCUCUUCAUAUUCUGUGUUGGAACUAAUCUUUUACUGCAAAAUGGUUUCAUAAUUCAACGUCAAUGUGUAGCAGACAAUACAGAAUUGAAGAUAAAAACGGUGUCUAUAAUUCAAUACUAUUUCUAUGCGAAAAUAAGUGAAUUGCUCGAUACAGUUUUCUUCGUGCUCCGAAAACGAGAUCGUCAGAUUUCAUUCCUGCAUGUUUAUCAUCAUACAUUCACUCUUUUGGUCACUUGUUACACACUGAAUUAUGAUCCAGAUUACUGUUUUAUUUUCCUGUGUACACUUAAUUCCUUUAUACACAUCAUAAUGUACGCUUACUACGGACUGGCCGCUUUCCCAAAUCUAACGAAGUAUUUGUGGUGGAAAAAAUAUAUUACGAAGAUGCAAUUGAUACAGUUUUUAGUGAUGAUAGUACAAAUGCUAUUAAGCCAUCAGUUAUCGUCCUGCAAGACAUCUUACGUGUUAUUCGUCUCGCUAAUACUAUAUAUAUUAUUAUUAAUUUAUUUGUUUUCAAGAUUUUACGCCAAGGAAUAUCUUAAAAAUGACAAAUCUUUAAAAUGA